AUGGCGGGAGGGCACCUGGCCGGGCUGUUGGCAUCGGGCACCACCUGCGUCAACGUGUACCAAGGCUUCUCGGACUGCGUGCUCAAGCUGGGGAAAAACAUGGCCACGUACGAGGAGGAGGACGGCACGGAGCUGCAGAGCUUGCACCGAGUCUGUGGGUACUGGGAUGAAUUUCACACGUGUGCCCUGACGGCGGUCUGGGAGUGCCAGAAGGAAGCAGUGGCCGUCUGGGAGAUGCUGAGAAGGGAGUCUCAAAAAAUCAAAUUUCAAGGCAGCUUGUUCGACCUCUGCAGCCCCCGCAUGGCCCAAAGCUUUGCCUGGACCCAUAUUCCCAACGUUUCCAUCCUCUGCAUCCCACUCAUCAUCACUUGGCUGAACUUGUAA